CGCUUGCUCAGGAGGGAUGACGGCUGUGGACUGUGGAGUUUUGAAUUCCCCUGAAGAUGCAGCCACGAGACAUUCGCUAAACUUAAACAACACUCAGAGCUCAUCAGCCAGGAAGCUGGGUUAAACCACGAUACGACCUAAACGGAAUGAUAUCAGCUACCUCACACUCAAGACUUUUUUUUUGCCAUUUUUGAGAGAUCUAGACUCACUAUGUCUGGAUCCAGGAAUCCUGUAUUGCCUAAAUGAGUGUUAAUAACAGUUUGUCCUCAAAACGUCUUUGCCCCUGGGUCUUUGCUAUUUGGAUCUAUAUUUACCUCCAGCUGAAUAAAAUAAUCCCUGGACCCUAGAAUUAUUUGGCAGUCUACUCUGCUCACAGUAAGACCUUCGCUGCACAGAGAUUAUGCUUAACUCAAUUGUACUGAAGAUGGCUUGGGAGAUAAAGAGUGGAUAUCAUCCUCCCAGGUUCUGACCAUCAUUGAUUAAUGCAGUUGAGUUAUCAGGUAGGUAUUUGUGGCCUGGAAUGCUUAGUAGUGGACCACCCGAGAAGUUCCGCAGAUGUUUGCAAAAUGGGCGUGAAGCUGCUGAGCGGUGUAACUGGGGCUGCGCUUUUGUUUUUUUCAGUUAGCACUGUGUUGACUUGUCCAAAGAACUGCCACUGUACAGAGAGGAAUGGACAUAAGACAGUCCAGUGCACAUCACGUGACCUUGAGAAAAUUCCGGCUAACAUUCCAGAGGACACGGUUUCUCUUCAGCUAGCUUCUAACCGCAUUACCCGUAUCCCUAGCCAAGCCUUCAAGGGUUUGCGUCGACUUCAGGAGCUGGAUAUCUCCAACAAUGCCAUUGAGGUGGUGGAGGAAGGUGCUUUCCAUGGUAUCUCUGAGGGCCUUCGUGCCCUGGACUUGUCAAACAACCUGCUGCGAGGGGUCCCCAGGGAGACCUUUGCACGGCUGCAUGCUAAGAUCAGCCUGGCUGGAAAUCCCUGGCACUGUGAAUGUGCCCUCCAGGAGGUGCUGAGGGAGCUCCAGCUGGAUCCCGACACAGUGAACCAGGUGAACUGCCAGACAGCUGUGCGUGAAGAGUACGCAGGCAAGCCUGUCAUCCAGGUGCUCGACUCUGGAGUCAACUUCUGCAGCUUUCAGCGCAAAACCACGGAUGUGGCCAUGUUCAUCACCAUGUUUGGCUGGUUCACCAUGGUGAUAGCCUACGUGGUGUAUUAUGUGAGGCAGAACCGGGAGGAUGCCCGCAGACAUCUAGAGUACCUCAAGGCCCUACCCAACAGCCCCAGGGACAGCAAGGAUUCGGGCACAAUCAGCACAGUGCUAUAGCACAGCACACUCUAUGGCCAGUGACGUUUCAGAUGGCUCAUGAAUAAAGGGAAAUUCCAGUGUUUUUCUCCAAAUUCCUGCAAAUAAAAUGUGUAAAAAGGGUCAUUUAGAGUGGUUUGGUGUUAACUAUAAACUUAUAGCCAGAAUCAAUCACAGUGAUGGCGACAAGACCCAGGUGUCUGAAGGGUUUAAUGCCUCUAAAAGCUACCUCACACACAUGAAAUGGUUAUGAACAUGCCGCUCGAUACAGGCGAGGCAUCCCCAAAGAAACUUUUUUCACUAUUGUACCAUUUCCAACAUAACAUAUAGAAGAAUGGCUUUUGGUUUCCAAAAAAGUCUUAUUUGAACAGAGAUCUGUGAGAGUGAAGAAACUUUUAAAGGCUUAAAGAACCUUCACAUAAAAUAAAAGUCAAUUAUCCACUUAAGAGUUCUUCAAAGAACUUUGCAUUCUAUGGAGUUUCUUUAAAAAGUUUUUUUACAGCAACAAAUCUCAUUUACAAAAAUGACUGUCUAAAAAUAUCCAUUGAAACAUUCAAUAUAACUAUGAAUAACAAUAACUAAAAACUGUUCUCUGGCAUCAUGCAAAGAAUCCUUUCUGGCUCCUUGAUUUUACGAGUUUAGGUUCACUGGUAAAGUAAUGUUCUAUUUGUGUUGCACAGACAGCAGCCCCUGGUUGCAAUCACCACCAUUGUAAAGGCAUCAGAGUUGGUAAGUUUCACAUAAAAGCACUCUGUAUAACUUUAUUUACAUCUUUAUUUACAUUUUUUUACCUGAAUUAAAAACACAGCACAGGGUUUAUAU